AUGCCCGGCCAGAGAAUCGGGGACGCUGUCCCAGGCCCUGUGGAAGUGGAUCCUCCUCCUACCAACGGGCCCCGCAGCGCAGUGCUGCAUGGGAUCUGGAGACUUGUUUGCGCCCAGCCCUCCCCACCCAGGUCGCUCUGUCUGUUCGACGUGGACGGGACCCUGACGGCCCCGCGGCAGAAAAUUACCAAAGAAAUGGAUGACUUUCUACAAAAAUUGAGGCAGAAGGUCAAAAUCGGAGUAGUAGGUGGCUCAGACUUUGAGAAAGUGCAGGAGCAACUGGGAAAUGACGUGGUUGAAAAAUACGAUUAUGUGUUUCCAGAAAAUGGCUUGGUAGCAUACAAAGAUGGGAAGCUCUUGUGUAAAGAGAAUAUUCAAGGCCACUUGGGUGAGGCCCUAAUCCAAGACUUAAUCAACUACUGUCUGAGCUACAUUGCGAAAAUUAAACUCCCGAAGAAGAGGGGUACUUUCAUUGAGUUCCGAAAUGGAACGUUAAAUGUGUCUCCUAUUAGAAGAAGCUGUAGCCAGGAAGAACGCAUUGAAUUCUAUGAACUCGAUAAAAAAGAAAAUAUAAGACAAAAAUUUGUAGCAGAUCUGCGGAAAGAGUUUGCAGGAAAAGGCCUCACGUUUUCCAUAGGAGGCCAGAUCAGCUUUGAUGUCUUUCCUGAUGGAUGGGACAAGAGGUACUGCCUGGGACACGUGGAAAAAGACGGUUAUGAGACCAUUUAUUUCUUUGGAGACAAAACCUUGCCAGGUGGAAAUGACCAUGAGAUCUUCACAGACCCGAGGACCGUGGGCUACACUGUGACGGCGCCCGAGGACACACGCAGGAUCUGUGAAGAGCUCUUCCCCUAACAUCCCUUGUCCCUUCCGUGGGAGGGGAGGGAGGCGCAGCUCACAAGCCUGAAAGGGUCAUUUCGUGGCCAGAUGCCGAUCUCUCCCUCGCGUGCCCCCAGGGCACUUGCAACCAUCCAACCCAGGACAGAAAUGUUAAAGCACUUCCUGAAAUGAAGCACCUGCUGAGUGUCGGCUUGGUGGCAGUUUUGAAACCAGGGGCAUUGUGGCCAUCAGGCAGUGUUCAGCUAAGUGACUGUGUACGCUGUGUUCCCACCUCACUUCCAGUUGGAGAGCCACAGGCCUCAGCAUGGCCUGCGGACAGCUGGCUGACCAGGUGACAGCUAAGCCGAAGGAGUCUGCACCUCUGCCAGCCUGGUUCACAGCUUAGCUCAUAUUCACGGCACAUUGAGGAGCUGCUUCUCUAGCCAUCAAGAUGGGAGGAAGUAGGUACCAACAGGCGCCAGAGAAAAGAGCAGGCACCCAGCCUUUCCCCAGGGGCCCCCUCUAGGCCCAGGCUUGGACAGACUCACUAGGGGUGUCACACUUCACCAAAAAAAACCUCCUACUGUGCUCACUUGGCUUCCCUGGGCCGUAUUUACCUCAGGUUUCUCAGGGAUGCAGGGAAAGCCUUGGUCAUCAGCAGCUGAAGCUGCCCUGCUUCUCUGCAGAUCUUUCAAAAAAUAAGCAUGUUGACCCCGGCCCUCACCCCGACUCUGACCUCAGGGCUGGGAGUAGCCGUGGCGGGGCCUAGGACGCUGGCUGCUCCUCCCAGAUGUUGCAAGGUCCUCACGAAACAAAGGUGUCUCCAGGCCCUCGCCCACAACACGGUGGAAGACUGCUUUCAAAGGCAACGGUUAACACGUCACUUUCUCGCAUCUGGAAGUGUCGGGACCCACCAGGCCUCCCCAGACGGCGCUGGGGCGGGCCUCUGCUGGCCCCCGGCGGCCUGAAUCCACGUGCUCCGCCCCAACCUGCGUGCUCUCACCAGGUGCUUUCAUCACAGAGGAACCCGGCUUCCCGCCCAAACCUGGCGCUGGGCGUGUCAGACCUGGGUCGCUCUGCCCACCCCCGGAACCGUGCGGUUGAUGUUUCUGAGCGGUUCCCAGGACGUGCCGUCCACACCAUCUUUCCUUGUUAAGGUAUGUUGCAAGUGAUACUGUCAUGACCUUUCAAAAU